GCGCCGAAAGUCAGGUAGAGCACGGUUAAUGUUCGCCAUGAGAAAGUCUUUGAGUGUAUCGUCUGACAGCUCCCUGCCGCCGCCGGAGGACGAUGUGGACUCGGUGUGCUCCGACGAGCUAAUGGGCUCGCAGUCCCGCCGCUGGCUGGCGGAAAUUCUGAGCGGGGGCAUACCGCCGGAGAGCGGCGAAGUGAGCCCGGCGAGCGGGCUGUUCGUGGACUUUAACUUCCCCAUGGGAGAGCUGGAGAUGCAGCCCGGGGUCAAGUGGAAGCGACCAAAGGAACUCUGUUCAUCACCUCAGUUCAUAGUAGAUGGCGCAACGAGGCUGGAUGUUCGCCAGGGGAAACUCAGUGACUGCUGGUUACUUUCGGCUAUAGCGUCUCUCUCCAUGAAUCAAUCGCUGCUCAAGAAGGUUGUGCCUCUGGGCCAGAGCUUCCAAGAUGGAUACAGUGGUUGCUUCACUUUCAGGUUCUGGCAGUACGGUCAGUGGGAGGAGGUACGGAUCGAUGACCUGCUGCCCACUGUGGACAACAAUCUGAUCUUCCUCAGCUCCCCAGAAAGACAAGAGUUCUGGAGCGCCCUGCUGGAGAAAGCCUACGCCAAGUUGAAGGGUGGCUACCGAGCUCUGGACAUGGGCUUCCCUCAUGAGGCCAUGGUGGAUAUGACGGGCGGGAUGACAGAGGUUUUACAGGUGGCCUCACUUCCCAGAGACUUGCCGACCUUCCUCAGACACCUGCUGGUCAGAGGAGCACUCAUCAACUGUGCCAACUGCCAGGGUCCUCUGGAGCACAGGAAUGAACUGGGAAUCAUGUUUAGACAUGCCUACGCUCUGACUGCAGUGGAUAAGGUGAGGACGACACUCGGCACUGAAUAUCUGGUGCGAAUCCUCAACCCUUGGGGCAACACAGAGUGGGAGGGGCCCUGGAGUGACUUCAAAGGUCAAGAGUGGAAAACGGUGAGCAUCGAGGAGCAGAAACGACUCGGCAGAGUCAGACAGGAGGACGGAGAGUUCUGGAUGUCGGUGUCGGACUUCCGACAGAACUUCGAGGUGAUGGAGGUCUGUCACCUGACGGAGGCUCUCGGUGAACCAGGCUCCAGCAUGUUGCCUUUGAGCUGCAUUAUGCAUCAUGGCAACUGGGCGCCGAAUAUCACAGCAGGAGGCUCUCCUCAAGGAGGUUGGUUCUAUCAGAACCCCCAGUUCUACUUUGUUCUGUCAAAGGCGGACCAAAACCCCGACAGCGCUCAGAAGACCUGCUCCUUCGUUUUGGCUCUGAUGCAGAAACACCAGAGACGAAGAGGCAUUAGUCUAGCCAUCGGCCUUCACGUAUACCCGGCCCAUCCUAAGAAUACGUACCUGUCCCGUGAGGACCUGAGCGUGCUCCGCCCAGUCCUCCACAGCCCCCAGUAUGUCGCACGGCGGGAGGUUGUUCUUCGUGGCUCGCUCCCACCGGGUUGCUACAUCAUCAUCCCCUCCACCGCCGAGCCUAAUCAGCAGGGAGCCUUCCUCCUGCGGGUGCUGGCGGAGCAGGGCAACAAUGCCACACCAGCUCGAAGACCAUCAACAGAAGACAUCACAUCAGUAACAGAGCUUUCAUUUCCUCACCAAGCUGCCCUCCCUUCACCUCAGGCCAUCAGACAGUUAUUUCAGAAACACUGCAACAAGAAGGGAUUUUGCAAACCACUGCACCUCUACAAACUUCUGACGGAGGCCAUUCAGGGUGGAGUGCUGGCAGGAAGUGAGAAGUACUUGGCUUUGGAGCAGUGCAAGAGCCUGGUGGUCCUCAUGGAUAGCCAAGGCAUCGCUCAGCUAAACUGGCCCGAGUUCCAGAGUCUUUGGGACAAGAUCAGGAGGUGGACGGAUAUCUUCCUCAUGCAUGACAAGGACAAAACUCAGCGCCUCGAAUAUCAGGAGGUCAUGCCCUCGCUGAAAGCAGCAGGCAUCCGGGUGGACGAGUUGGUGAUGCAGCUGGUUGGACUGAGAUACACGGAGCCGGACAUGACCAUCAGUUACCCCGGCUUCCUGUACCUGCUGAUGAAACUGGAGAGCAUGAUCCACAAAUUUCAGGCAUACGACGUGAUGGGAACGGGAGCAGUAACCAUCAGCUACAGACAGUGGCUCCACAUGACCAUGUACAACUGAACUGAACUGCUCUACCCAGACACCCUCACCUGGAUCACCUCAGUUUCGUUUUUCCUGCUCUUUUUUCAUUUUUGUACGUUUGUGUAGUUCUGUGCCAAAAAUGUUUAUUGCAGAAACAGAAACAUAUGGCAAACAGAAAAGUGAAUAUUUCUGAAGCUGUUUUUCUUUCCUCACACACUCAAACAAUAGCAAUGGAAACGACCUUAAGAACUCUCCUGAGUCGUGCAAACAGCCAAAGUCAAAGGUCAAGGCAGGAUGUGCUGCUGUGAGGAAGUUUAUGAUGAAACUUCAGUGACUUCACCUUCAUUGUCCUCUCAGUCUGACAUCAUUUCUCAACAUGCCUCUAAAUGAGAGACAAUAAACACAGAGCCUCUUUUACUUUGUUCAAAACCACAGAAGACUGUUUGCCUGUGUCCCAACACCGAUCAUCAUACCUAAAAUAAUCAAUAAAAUAUGCUGUCCUCCUGAUCAACAUGCAUUUUUGUUCAGACUCAUUUAAUUUACACUCAAAAUCUAAGUGUGUGUGCGUGCAUUCAUGUAUGUGUGUAUGUUUGUUAACUUGUCUUUUGUGUUUCAUUGUAAAAUUUUAGGUUUUUAUCUUGUGAGUUUGAGUAUACUGAUGUGUGCUAUAUUAAGAAAAUUGUCAUAAUUUAUGUGGAGUAAACAAAAGUUUUGGUUUGAGAUUAGACAAAAAAAAUCUGUUAAAACAUUUCAGUGUGUUGUAAUUACGUUCAGAUCAGUUUUAUUUACACCAGUUGACUCAAGGUGCUAAUUCAAGUGGUUUCCAAGGAAACCGGUCUCCUGCACCUCCUCUGAGCUGCAUUUUUAGCCCAUGAUAGAUGACUUUGUAGCCAAAAAAGAAAGAAAAAGGCAAUGUUUAUAACAUGCAGUUGUGACAUGUAAGUACAUGAUGAGUUAAGAAGCUCAGUGCAUCACUGUGCGUCGGCAGCCUACGGCAGCAUAACUAUGGAGGGUUCAGGGUCACCUGAUCCAGCUGUAACUACAAGCUUUAAGAUAGCUAGAGAGAAUAUGGUCAUCUCAGGUACACAGCCAUUCAAAUCUGCUGUUCACAAUGGACAGUCAAUCAGAGCAAAGCUAUCUUAAAAGAAUAAAGGCAUGCAAAGCUACUCUACUGGUGUCUUUUAAUUUUAUGCAAGUCUUUCCCUCAGCCAGACCAGACUUAUCUCCUUGUUGCCUGGUUAUGUGAAUGUGCCGUACGGUGACCGUAGCCAUGGGAGAUCUUCUGAGAAAUGACCCUCUGUCCUCUGCUCAUGGCUGGAAUGUGUAAAUAUCCGUCUUCCAGCAUCAUUCGUCAAAGUGAGAGCAGUCAGAGAUGCACAUACCAGCGGGUCUGUGCGUGUGUGUUUGUGUGCUUCCUGCAUUUUUAGAACUGCAUGUCACGCUCAUAGAUCCACGCUCUUCAGUGGAAGCUGCUCAAAUGAUUUUUUUCUUUUGUGCCUGAUUUCACAGCAACAUAUUUAUACGGAAAUAAAAACAAUCAUCAGUUCAACAUAAUAAA